UAUAAGUAUGCCUCGAGCUUCUAGUUCUUCAUUUCUCAUUUUGCUUCCAGUAAGGUUGAAUAGACAACAUGCAGCCUGUGCUUUUUUGGAGUUCAUUCUUUUUGGUGAUUUUAAGUCGUUGCCUCUUUUUAAACGGUGCUCCGUCUCAGUGCCCUGACAGUAAUCUGAAUAUCACUGGAGGCACUUACACUCUCUCCAAAGGAUAUAAUCAUAACAGUGUACUGAGAUACCACUGCUCAGAAGGUUUUUAUCCAUCUAUUAAACAGCGUAGAUGUGAGAGAGGCCAGUGGGAGCCCAAAGUCUCCAAAAGACUUCCAGUGUGCAAGUUGGUCACAUGUCCUAAUCCAAAUGUUCUGGAGAACGGAGUCGUGCGGCCUUUUAGCCGGAAUUACUCCGUGAACGACACGACCACCUAUACGUGUCAUUCAGAGUUCACAUUUCGGGGAUCUGCCACACGUGUGUGUCAGACCAACGGCAAGUGGAGUGGUGGCACACCAAUCUGUAGUCAAAACAAUCAUCACUGCCCAGACCCCGGCAUUCCUCCCGGGGCCAGCAGAGAAGGUCACAUUUUCGACAUUGAUGACAAAGUUACCUACACCUGUGAUAAGAAUCUGAAACUAAUAGGUUCCAAAGUGCGCGUGUGUCUGGACGGUGGCUAUUGGUCGGGGAAAGAGCCGGAGUGCUAUGCCGAUUUCACGUACGACACUCCCGAAGAAGUAGCGGAGGCUUUUAGCAGUUCUCUAAAGACUACUAUAACCAUGCAUGAGGAAUCAGACCAAACUGGAAAGAAAAUACGUUUGGAUCAGAAAGGAAAUCUUGACAUCUACAUUGCCCUGGACGCAUCUGACAGCAUCGAUGAAGAGGAUUUUACCCAAGCAAAGGGUGUCAUUAAGAAACUCUUAAAUAAGAUCAGCUAUUAUGAGGUUUUUCCAAAUUAUGAAAUCAUCAUUUUUGCCACAGAUGUAAAGCAUAUUAUUAGAAUCACUGAAUUCAAGAAGAACCACGUGACGAUAGCGCAAAUUAUCAAAAUGCUCGACGAAUAUACCUAUGAUAGUGACGACAGAAAGAGAACAGGAACGGACAUUCACAAAGCUUAUGAAGCCAUAAAGAACAGCAUCAGUUUCGAGAAGAUUAACAACAAGAAAGAAUUUGCGCAGACGCAACACGUCGUAAUCAUGUUCACCGAUGGUAUUGCCAAUAUGGGAGGAGACCCUAAACCUAUCGUUAAUGAAAUCAGGCAAAUAGUACAGGACGGAGAUAAAAAUCGUGAGAAGUAUCUUGAUCUUUACGCGUUCGGAGUGGGAUCCGAUGUUGAGAAAGAGAAAAUUGACGAGUGGGUGACCAAAAGAUAUAACAACGAGAAGUACUUCUUUAUGCUUAAAGACAUUGAACAACUUGAAGAGACACUAGACGAAAUGAUCGACGAGAGCACUAGUAUGCCUCUGUGUGGACUCUACAAAGACUACGACCCUGAUAAGCUUUCGCCUUGGUUGAUAAAGAUAUCUAUAAAUCAUAAAAAUAGUGGCAGAUCAAACUGUGUAGGAUCAUUGGUCACUCCCAUGUUUAUUCUAACUGCUGCCCAUUGCUUCAAGUUUGAUGAUGAUCCUGAAACUAUUGAACUAGAGGCACCCAAUUCUAAAGACAAAUCACUUUUAAAGGCGGAUAAGUACGAAUUGCAUCCUGGGUAUAAUAUCUCAAAGAAGAAGGCACAGCAUAUUGAAGAGUUUUACGAAUAUGACGUGGCUCUCAUUAAAUUAAAAAAAAUGGUGAAAAUCAGUCCCGACCUCAGAACUAUUUGUAUUCCCUGCACUUUGGAGACGAACAGGGCUUUACAGCUGUCUGACAAGGAUGCGUCAUGUGAGAAACAAAAGCAAGGGCUGGUGAACAGUGACUUAGUGAAGGCACAUUUCAUAAAACAUGACCAAGUGAAGAAAGGAAAACAACAUGUCUCAAUCAAACGGGGGCAACAGAAAUUCAGCUGUGUAGAACAGGCUAAGAAGACAUUAAAUAUCUCAGAUGAAACUGCACAGGCGAUGAUAACAGAUAAGUUUUUCUGCACUGGAGGAGCUUCACAAGAUUACAGAGAUGUGAUUACUUGCAAAGGCGACUCUGGUGGUCCGAUUGUUGUGGAAAUGCAUCGUUUGAUCCAGGUUGGAGUCAUCAGCUGGGGUCUGAUUGAUGUGUGCUCAUCUGGGGAAGUCGAUGUUCUAGACGCCAGAGAUUUCCACGUUGAUCUCUUCGAUCUGACAGUACGAAGCUUUCUUGAAGAACACCUGGGCAAUGACGAAAUAGAUACGCCUCUACACUUUAUAUAAAGACCACUGGGAAUCCUUUGACCCCACUGUCUUAAUGUAUGCAAGACUGAUAUUGAGAACCUCAUAUGACAUAAUCAGGUCAAAAUCGGAGCGUGUUAGUGACUUUUACUUGUAUUACAAAUCUGCAAACUGUAAACCAUCUGUAUGAACCAUGUGAAUCAUUUCACUUCUUUUUACUGCUUUUAAUGUCCUCUUAUAUAUUGUAUGAUAUAAAUAAAAGAAAAGGGUA